GAGUACAAUCAGUUCUCGUUCCUCCCUUUCAUUCCAGUCACCACCCUCAGAACCCAGACAAGCUGAACAGCCACCAGCGAUCGUCUAGCGAUCACCAAAAAGCUUGUUCCACCGUAUCGCCUGUCACGAUUGAUAUCCAGCUCGAUAUCGAAGAUUUCCUCCACCAGCACAGUCUCGUGAGCGGGGACAAUAGAGGGGCUAUGGAGGCAGAAAUACAACCACAGACAGAGGAAGACAUUCCGAGCAGCUCUUCUGAGGACGGGUUUGAUUUGUUGACUUCAGCACCCACUCAGAAGGAGUUACCGAACAGAUAUUCUACAGCCGCGGUUGAGCCUCCUCCGUCCGAAGAAGAUUGGAGCGUUAAUGACAUGGGUGGGGAUGGGGAAGUUGCUGCAAAAUUUCAUACCUCGGCGAUCGCGAAGCCGCCUCCUAGGAGACGAAAGGGAGGCGGUGUCAAGCUUUAUCAUGGUGAUGACAAGGAGCGCAGGGAGCCGAUGUCGCCCCAGAAGACCGGGGAAAGCUCAACAUCGUCGGACGGGCGCGAAACCAACGACAAAGCCCCUAGGAGGGGGAAAGGAAGAUUGGUCUCGGGAGACUAUGCGAAUAAUAGACGGCUCGUUUUUCUGUCUCAAAUCUCGUGCCGAGCAUACCUAACACGCAUCACUAGCAUCCGUUUCGCCCCUCUCAACAUCCCACUAAAACGCCGUCUCCAGACAACCGCCGUCCUUUGGCACACAUUUGCAAUCGCACUCUUCGUCUCACUCUUCUGGUUCCUCCUUGCGAUACCCUUGACCUGGCCACUACUAAUACCUUACCUUAUCUACGUGCUAUACUCCAACUCCCACCGCGACGGUUCGUCCCCCGUGAUCCGCUCCUCACUAUUCCGCUCACUUCCUAUGUGGCGUCUCCUAACGGGCUACUUCCCACUAAACCUCCACCGCAGUAGUCCUCUUCCCCCAGGCCGAAACUACAUCUUCACCUAUCACCCCCACGGGAUAAUAUCCCACGGAGCCUUUGGCCACUUUUGCACAGAGGGCACGACCGGCUUCGAAAAACUCUUCCCAGGAAUAAAAAACACCCUCUUAACCUUGGACUCCAACUUCCGCAUCCCAUUCUACCGUGAAUACCUGCUGAAACUCGGUCUUGCCAGCGUCUCCCGUCGCAGCUGCGAAGCGCUCCUCCGUGGCGAGGGUGAGACAAAGCAAUCAUGGCUCGGCAGGAAAUUUUCCAAAUCUCCGCCCUCGCCACCCACCUCUAGCGGCCGUGCAAUCACCAUUGUCGUAGGCGGCGCACGAGAAAGUCUCGAAGCGAUCCCGGGAACCAUGAGACUGGUCCUCAAGCGUCGCCGCGGCUUCUUGAAAAUAGCUAUUCGCGAAAACGCAGGUGUAGUGCCAGUCUUAUCAUUCGGCGAGAACGACCUAUACGACCAAAUGGUACCCAACUCCAAUUCACUCAUCAAAAAAUUACAAAUGCUCGUUAAGAAGACCGCAGGAUUCACCGUCCCGUUGUUUCACGCCCGGGGUGUGUUUAAUUAUGAUGUUGGCUUCCUGCCAUAUAGAAGGGAGGUGAAUACCGUCGGUAUGUGCCCCCCCUUCUGUGUUUCGUUGGUUUACUAGGGGGUGAAUAAUGUGGAUAGAUAUUGACGACACAGUUGGCCACCCGAUAUUCCCGAAGCAACAAAGCGAUUCUCCGAGGGAUCCAGAAGUGGAUGAGCUACAGGAGAGGUACAUUGCAGAGCUGCAGAGGCUUUGGGAUGAGUGGAAGGAUGUGUUUGCGAAAGAUAGGCAACCCGGGGAAGGAGGGGAAUUGGUAUUUUUGGAGUGA